UCACACUGUGGUUGUAUGUUCGCUUUUCAUAUUGCACAAACAUGGAUUACGUAUCCUUGGCAAAAGGUUUAUCUCCUGAUAAACUCGGUUCAGACGACUUAAGCAGAGAGUCUGCAAAACAUUUAUUUGAGGCGCAGGCAAAGAAACUCGAAGCGAGAGAACGAAGGUCGAUCGAAUCUGCAAAAUUAAGAGAAAAGAAGUACGGGAAACCUGUCCUGACGCAGGAUGAGCUUGUUAUUCGUGAAAAUGUCGGGGAUAGAACGGCCACUUUAGGUUCUGAAGAGUUUAUCUACACGAACAAUGCUGAUUGUGGGUUGUUUGCCGCGAUUAUCACAGCCUAUAACAAGCAUUGGACGCUCAGAACAUCGCCGGAUGAUUGGUGGUUUGUCGUAGCUAGACGUAUCGCCAUUGCUAUCGAUAAGAACUCGAAGAAGGAGAGUGUACGUAGGAUGUUUGUCGAGCACGAAGGCAAGAAAACAUUACAAGUGGAUGUUCCUGUGAACAAUAUUUAUGAUGUCGACUAUACUUGGUUCUUUGAUGAAAUGUCAAAGGAAAUCUCGAAGAACAUCAAUGUCCCAAGCUAUGUUGACGUUAUUUCGUCUGAUUUUUCAUCGACAACGCCAGUUCAGAGGGUUGUUUCCCAAAUCACUUUGAUGUCCUCUUUGCAAGAGUUCUUUGAAUUCAAGAUGAUGUUGAUGUGUGGCAUCCCUGGAGUGGAAAUGCUUGGUACUGAAGAAGACUGGCAGAAGCUACUAUCAAAACUGGAUGCUUUAAAGACCCUCUUGGAACCAAUCAUGAAUGAUAUUGGGCUAAGCAUUGAAUGGUGGUCUGUUGUCCAAGAGGUGUUUCAAAAGCUUUUAGCAACAUUUCAAGGUUCCCCAGACUAUGAUUGGUGGUCUCGUAUUGUCACAUAUGAAGGCUUUGGUUCUGGACCAAGUGGUUAUACUGGAUGGAUAACAAGAUUUAUGGAAGGGACAAGUGAACUAAAAGAACUUCAUGAAUUCACUAGUGGACUUGUCACUGUGCCACUGACCAUCGCUUAUCCUUCUGGUGUUGAGGAUACAGCAGCAUUGGUUGCAGGGUGUCUGGGUUUCACCAUACAUGAAAACAGUGGGAAAAAAGCACCAUCAAUUCAACCAUUUCAGGGUUGGUCACUUUUGCUGCCAAAAAACUCACCAUUCCGUGCUGAUAGACAGUGAAUUGGUAGAAUCGCAUGUGGAAAAACUGUUGUCAUUAUCAGAUUGAUUUGUUUGAUCUGAAGUUUGGAUACAUACAUUAAAUUGCAUUAAUUUCAUUCAUGAAGACUAAUUACUUAUGCAUUAAGAAAAUAUGGGUUUACAUAAUGAGGUGGGUAUGGGUUAAGUGGUAUUUUCUUACAUAUUAUGUUAGGAUAUAUAUAUGCUAAGUAGAUGUGGAAGGUGUGUGGUAGAUAUGGCUCUGAAGGUUUUCA